CUCGGCCUCUUCCUCUUCACCAUCGCCCGCGACCCGCUCCGCAUCAUCAUCCUCAUCGCCGGGGCGUUCUUCUGGCUGGUGUCACUCCUGCUCUCCUCGCUCAUCUGGUUCAUCGCCGUUAAAGCCAGUGACCCCCGUGACGAGCGGCUGCAGAAGGGGCUCUUGAUAUUUGGGGUGAUGUUCUCUGUGCUGCUGCAGGAGGCUUUCCGCUUCCUCUACUAUAAGCUCCUCAGGAAGGCCAUUGAGGGGCUGGUGGCUCUCAGCGAGGAUGGCUGCUCCCCUAUUUCCAUCCAGCCUGUCCUGGCAGUGGCUGGCGUGGGCUUUGGGCUCAUGAGUGGCGCCUUCUCCAUGAUCAAUCUCCUGGCAGACGCACUGGGGCCCGGCACCGUGGGCAUCCAUGGGGAUUCACAGCUCUACUUCCUGACCUCGGCUUUUAUGACCAUGGUGCUGAUUUUCCUUCACACCUUCUGGGGGAUCCUCUUCUUCCAUGGCUGUGAGCAUCGGCGCUGGUGGGAGAUCGUGGCGGUUGUCAUCAUGCACCUUGCCGUUUCAGGGUCGACGUUUUGUAACCCCCUGUACGUGGGCAGCCUGGUGCCCUCCUACCUGCUGAUGGCUGCUGCUGCUGCCUGGGCUUACCUGCUCUCAGGGGGAUCUGCCCAGAACCUGCGGCGCUUUCUGCUCUGUCUACAGAGUGGAGCCAGCCCCCAGCCAGGAUCUUGA